AUGGUCGGUUUCACGUUCCAUCUGACCUGGUGGCACGGCUUUGGCAGGGAAGCGCAGCGGGUGAUCCUCAAAGCUUCCCUGGAGCAGACCAUCGAGACCGAGCUCGAAGCCGACUCGGAGCCUGGCCCCGAGAAGCGUGCGAGGAGGCGCAAGGUCCGGGUGCGGCGGCCUCCGUCGGCGCCUUCGGAUGCCUUGCGGCCCUCGCGGCCCUCGCGGGUGGUGAGCCUCUCCCCAGCGGCGGUGGAGGUCUUGGUGGCCGCUGGAGAUGUCGCCGAGCACGCUGUCACGGAGGUGACGGAGCUCGAGCCUGAGGAGGUGAACGACGCCGCGGUUUCCGCGGAGAUGGCGGCGGAGGCGAGCGAAAGGGACCGCAAGUUUGAAGAUCUGGACACGGAGCUCGCCCUGUACUGCGAAGCCAGCGUCGCAGCGCGGCUGGCAGCGCUGCCCGGCUAA